UACAAGCUAUAGUUCACAGAUUGUCAAGUAAUAAUUGAUUGCAGGGAACGAUCUCUUUCAUUUUCUCAUUUUAGAAACACUGCUAGAAAAUGCAGAGCGUAUGUUUAUUCAUGCUUCUUGUUGCGACACUGAGUUGUCGAGAGGGAAGAGCUUCAGUACUCGAAUGGUUCUGGAGAAAAGAUACAGAUGAUACUACAGUUUUAGUGGCAGAUGGAGUACCGUUGAUUUCUAUUCCAUAUGAAUCUAUGACAGAAGAUGAAAAAUUUCUUCAGGAAGCGUCAAAAUUUACAGAGAUUCAAACGUCAUCGCCGUUAGAGACUUGCCAGCACAAAGUCAUUAUGAAAAUUAAAACUUCUUGUACUGGAAUGACUGAGGAAGAGCUGGCUAAACUGAGUGUCAAUCUUUUGAACUGUCAAGCUGCAGUGGAAGGCAGAAAAAUGUUUCCAUGCACUGAAGAAAUGUCUUUGAAACAAUGUACCACAGACAUGGAUCCAGACAUGUGGAAUGCGUACCAUUUAAUGAGUAACAGAGCAAGGGCAGUUUGUUAUGCAUCUCGUAGUACUCAGUUCCGUGCCCUUACAGAGUUAACUGUGAAUAAGUUAAUGCAAACAGCGCAUACUCAGAUUAAAACAUUAAGUUCAUUAAAGGAAGGCCAAGAUCGGUUGGAAGAACAAACAGUAGAAGCAUUAGCUUCUUUGUCCAAAGGUAACGUAGCAUUGUUGGAACAACAAAAGCAUUUAAAAGACGCCCAGACAUCAGCUCAUAAUAUCGUGGCCACAAAUCUGAGAGAAUUAAGCAACGAAAGAGCAUUAAUUCGAUCAGGACACGCGCAACUGGCCGCAAUGACAGAAGAUAUCAGAAAGAAAUUAGAAGAAGCAAAUAGAAAUCUAGAGCAACAAGCCAUGGAACGUGGUGAAAAUCACCAAGAGGUGCUUGAAGACUUGAUAAACAUUCAGAAUCAAGCGCAAUUAAUUUGGGACAAAAUAGAGUCUAGCACUAAUCGAAUCUUCGCCCAACACGAAGAGGCACUAUUGCAGUAUGAACGAACGUUACAAAAAUUAGCACAGAUCAAUGAAACUAUUCAAUACGUUUGGAACGUAACAAACGUUAUGCGUGCAGAAGUGGAUCAGAAACUUAGCUGGUUAACUAGUUACAUCGGUGACACUGGAGAACAGAUGCAGAGAAUGUAUCGCAUAGGAUUGCAUAUCGUUUAUUUAUUGCUUGCCAUGGUAGUUGCUGCAUUCGUACACGCACCACUGUUAACUAGAAUCACAAUUCUGGGUCUCGUACCAUUAAAUUUAGUAACUUAUCUCAAACAUGGCAUGGAAGCCUGUUUGGAUUUCACCUCAAUGACGGUGCUAAUACUGCUGAUCACGAUAAUGCAUUUUGUGAUGAUUGGAAUUCAAAGCCUAUUCGGUUUAAAAUCAAGGAACGUACGAGCAGAACCGGUACAAAUAGUGAAUCAAAAUGGUCAUCUAAAUGGAACUUCUCGGAGUUACGUUUCAUCAUCCUAUAAUAAUCUUCAGCCACCGCGGGAUCCUUCUAUAUCCUUCUACGUAAAACUGAAGAGAAUUACUCGAGAAUUUUAUAAUCUCGUUCGGUAUCAAAUAAAUAAUUGCAUUCAGAAAUGUAGCUCUUUAAUGCAGUCGGUAGCCUCGUGGAGCGGACAAAGAUUAACGCAGCGCGAGGAGCUCUCCUGCUCGUACAUGCCUUCAAGAAGGAAUCGCGAGGAUCUUAUCGACAGCUACGAAAACGAAUUUCCUAGCAUGUCCGAGGACGCGACCGAUUUCGAAAGCUCUCGUUUAAUGGAAGACAGAAACGAAAGCCUCGACGACCUUGAUAAUCACGACGCGCACGAUUUAAGGCUACGCUUGAGGAGAAGAGAAGCUAGAUCUUCUUACGCCCGGUCACCUUCCAGAAGUGCCACCCCAUCAUCGUGCGCGUCGUCCAGAGUUCUAUGCAAUGCUUUGACAAAAAGUGGAAAAAAGUGUCGUUUAAUAGCAAUAAAUGGCCACGUCUAUUGCAGGAGACAUUUUAAUGGGUCCUCGAUAAUGGGUGAUUAAAGUAUUUUUUAGUAAAUGUAAAUUCAUUUUAUUUACUUGGACUGACUGUUUUUGCAAAAAUAUGUAUUAGGCGUACAAAUUAAUUCUGUGCCUUUUCUCUAAUUAUUGAAAUAAUUGUUAUUGUUAUUAUAUUUUCAUGCCACUUUUCAGAUACAUAGAAACGCGAGAAAAGGUUUAAAUUUAAAAUAGUAAUUAAGAAAGUGUAAUACCAAAGGCACUAAAUUAAUUUGUACACCUAAUAAUUAAAUAAGCAGAUGGAAUAUUGAAAAUAUUAAUUGUAUUUAUCUAGUAUAAUUUUAACUGCGGUUUUUUAUUAUUAUCAGAAUGUUUUUAGAUUCGAUUUUAUAAUUGCAUAAUAUUCUGUGUUAGUGUGGUUUUUAAUAAUGAUACUGUGCCUUCUACGAGUUGCCUCGAAUUAUUAAAACGUAGAUGACAAAUGAAUUUUAAAUAGUAUUUGUAUUAAUAAUUAAGAUUGAAUGCAACUUGUACUUAGGCUAUAAAAAAAAGACAUAUUUUGUAAGUCUACUUAUUAACAAUAUUAAUCAUUCUCGAACGUAA